UUCACUUGGCACACUGCGAAGCCACUGCAACAAAGACAUGGACAACACUCAGGUUCAUCAGCUUCCAGAGGCAGCCUUCUGUGACCUGAACACAGGAGCUCUACCGGUGGUCCAGCUCUACGUGAUGCCGUCCUUCUUCCUGGCAGUGCUGAUCCUCGGGCUUCCCCUCAACCUGCUCUCCCUCUGGGUUUUCUUCCACCGCUUGCGGCGCUGGACCCGCAGCACGGUGUUCCUCUUCAACCUGACCCUGGCUGACACCUCGUGGCUGCUGGCCCUGCCUUACCUCAUCAACUACCACCUGGACGAUCUGUACUGGAAGCUGGGGCUGCCGCUCUGCAUGGGCGUGAGGAUGUUCUACCAUAACUACUUCUACCUCAGCAUCUUCUUCGUCACCUGUAUCAGUGUGGACAGAUACCUGGCCAUCGUGCACCCGCUGCGCUCCCUGGUGCUGCUGGGCCGGAGGCAGACCUGCUUGCUGUGUGUGGUGGUCUGGGUGGGCACCCUGCUCCUCAGCAUACCUGUUGCCGGUAUGACUCUAAUCCAGACCUGCCCCGGGAGCAACCGCACCGUCUGUACCCUGUAUAUACUGCUGAGUGAGACCGGUGAGAGCCUCCCUUUUUCCCUCGUCUGCUCCGCCAUCGGCUUCCUCUUCCCGCUGUUCUCCAUCUGCUACUGCGGCCUGCGCAGCGUCAGAGAGCUGCGCCUCCGGCCGCGCCGCGCCGACCCGCACAACCAGCAGCGGCGGCUCCGGCGGGUGCUGUGCGCAGCCCUAGUUUUCUUCGCCUUGUUCUACCUGCCCUACCACAUGAGCCGCAACGCUGCCAUCGUGAUGCGGGUGGUGUACCCUGACAGCCCCGCCUCCUGGCGGCACGCAGACCUGGCCUUCUCCCUGGAGAUGUGCCUGUGCAGCCUCAUCACCUGCAUCAACCCAAUGUUCAGCUGUUUCAUGGGCCGCCAGUUCAGGAGGGAGUUUCACGGCACUUUUGCUGCCAUGUUUUUCCUGUGUCCUGGCACUCGGCUGGCCUCAGUCAUAUCUAAGAGGACCCGGAUGACGGUGAAGAGGCGGCAGGGCCUGUCUACUGUCGCACCUGUGUGCGCACUGCCUGUACCUGGACCCCAAUGA